GACCCAGACCCAGAGGGCGAGGUACCUGUUGGCGGCUGUAGCAUCGGGCUCACAGACUUGUGGAUGGGAGCCAUGAGUCCGGCGCUGGCCCUUCUGGCCCUGGCCCACCUGCUGGGCUCGGCUGCCACCCUGAAAAUCGGCGCUUUCAACAUCAGGGCCUUUGGAGACAAAAAGCUGUCCGACGAGACCACAGCGGGCAUCAUUGUGAAAAUCCUGUCGCGGUACGACAUCAUCCUGGUGCAGGAGGUGCGGGACACCGAUCUCAGCGCCGUGGACAACCUCCUGGAGCAGCUCAACAGCGCGUCGAAGUACGAGUACAGCUACAAGAACAGCGAGCCCCUGGGCCCAGAGAACUACAAGGAGAUGUACCUCUUCAUCUACAGGACGCAGUCGGUGUCUGUAGUGGCUACGUACCAGUACCCAGACCUAAGCAACAGCUUCAGUCGGGAGCCAUUCAUCGUGAAGUUCUCGUCCCCCAACUCAAAGGUGCGGGAGUUCGUGCUGGUUCCCCUGCACACGCCCCCCAAAGAGGCUGUGGCCGAGAUCGACGCCCUCUACGAUGUCUACCUGGACGUCAUCAACAAGUGGGGGACUGACAACAUCAUAUUCCUGGGAGACUUCAACGCCGACUGCUCCUACGUCAGGAAAGGGGACUGGGAGUCUAUCCGCCUGCGCACCAGCGAGGUGUUUGAGUGGCUCAUCCCCGACACCAUGGACACCACGGUCGGGAAGUCGGACUGCGCCUACGACAGGAUUGUGGUGUGUGGCCCUAAGCUGAAGAAAAGCAUCGUGCCCAAGUCGGCCGCUGUCUACAAUUUCCAACGCGUUUUCAAGCUGGAUGAAGACGAGGCCAGCGACCUAUAG